ACUGCAGCACAUCAGAAUUAACCAACCACUGCCAUGUAAAACCGUCAAAUUGUGGGCCCGUGGGUGGUGCAGCAGGUUCCCGCCAAAAAUACACUAUCUUGCCUGCCCUCGCCUUCUUGGCCCUAGCUCCACAAGAGCUCCAGAACGGAGAGUAGCUACAGGUGUUGUGAGCUGAAAGGCAAUAUGGACAGCCGGAUGGCGGACCUGCGCGCGCUGCAGGAGGCCUGCCUCAGUGACCGGCGCGAGCGCGACAACUGGCACAGCGCCUUCCUGACCGAGCAGGAGCGGCGCCGGGCUGCGGAGCAGCGACUGGCAGCCGAGUCCGAAGCAGCCGCGCAGCUGCUGCAGGCGGUCGCGACGCACCGCAGCGUGCAGCAGGCCGAGGUCUCCGCGGCGGUACAGUACCAGGCCACACUGCUGCAGCUGACGGCGCUGCAGACCACCCACUUGGAGACACUCCAGGCCCACGCGGCGGAGGCGGCCGACCUGCGGCAGCAGCUGGAGGCGGCGCGGGAGGCGGCGGCGGCCACCGCGGCGGCGCUGGAGGCGGAGAGGUCCCGGCGCCAGGCGGAGGUGGAGGCGCUGGAGGGGCAGCUGGCGGCGGCGCGGGCGGCCGCGGCGGAGGAGGUGGCGGCGCUGCAUGAGAGCUAUGGCUCCCGAGUGGCUGGUCUGGAGGACUUCAAGAACGGGCUGCUCGCGGACAAAGCCGCGGCCGAGGACCGGGCGGCGCGGGAGAGGGCGGCAGCGCAGGCGGAGAUCGAGGCGCUGAGGCGGGAACGUGAUGCGGUCACGGCCAAGGCGCAGGCAGCUGCAGCCAAGGCGCCGACGUUGGCGCCCGGCGCCGCUGUCCCCAUGGCAGGACAGCGUUCGGCAGCGCCCUGGGGAGGCGCGGCCGCAAAGCAGCAGCAGCAGCAGCAGCUGAUGCAGGGGUCUCACUUCCAGCAGCCGCAGUCGGGGCCACUGGGUCACACUGGCGUCGGCGCGGGCAAUGGCACUGGCGGCGGCAUGGGUGGAGGCGGGAGCUCUGCCGGCGCCAAUAUCGUGUGGGCAGCACAGCACGGACAGCAGCAGCAACAGGAGCCCCCGCACCAGACCCGCCAGCAGCAGCAGAGGCUGGCCGCCCCAUACCAGGUUCGUGGGGGCUUGCAGCCCCCGGCACGUCCCGGCGGCGUAGGUGGCGGCAGCGGCGGCACCGGCCAAGGACCACCGUCGGGUGCCGGCGGCGCGAUCCGCGGCGGGCCUGACGGCAGGCGGGCUGCCGCCGGUGCCACCACCGGCGCCUCCGGGGGCCCCGGUGGGGCCAGACCGCCGCCGCCGUCCUUGCAGCAAGGCCUGGCGGGCGCACGGGUGCCAGGGAGUAGCACAUCCGGUGCACAAGGAGGAGUGGGAGUGAUGGGCUCUGCGGGAGGAGCGGGAGGCCCAGGAGGCGCAGCUGGGGUGCAGGGCAGCGGCGGCGCGCCCGCACAGCCUCGCGCUUCGGGGCGCCUGGGUCUGCGGUAAGCAUGCGUGCGUGCAUGGCGGUCGCUUGUAGUAUGAUAGUAUGCGAAGAUGGCGCUGCGGAAGUAAUGCUGUGGAGGUAACGUAUGGGCUUGUCAUAUAAUUAUGCCCUGUCAACUUUCAAUGACGGAUCAUUACGGUGCGAUUCCGGCGCAAUUUGCGGUGAAGGCCUUUGGGCGGGAUGGUUCGGGCUUCGGACGGU